UGGGGAGUCAAUCAUUCGGUGGAUUAAUGACCUGAGCCAGGUGCCUGUACCUGUCAUGCUGCUUCCAGACGACUUCAAAGCCAGCACCAAGAUCAAAGUCAACAACCACCUCUUCAACAAGUACUGUGCUCCGCUCAGCUCUGUCUGCCAGAUUGCAGGAGCAUUCAUUCUGCUUCCUGUCAUUUGCACAGAGUUUUUAGGAUUUAAUUGCCUGCAUGGGCUUAAUCAGAAAUUGCAGACCCCUUUAGAGAACAACCAUGCUUUUCCACCUUAACAAUAGCUUUAAAACUAAACUAAAACAGCUAUUACCUUAUAAUAAACAGUGAAACAAGCCAAAAAAGAAAAGAAAGAAAAAAGAAAUUAGCUUGUAACAUUGUCAAGGCUAUAUGUAAAAGAAUUAUACUGUGUACUAGAGUUGGAAAAGCAGCAUCAUUUCCAGCCACUGGGUUGUUUCAGUGAGUUGUUGAGGUUCAAUUUCUAUAUGGAUGGAGUCGAGAAAAGUUGAGUGGCUUUCAAUAAUCCUUUAAUCCAGUCAGGAAUCCAGGUCGUGUGACGACUUAUAAACAGAGGUGGGAAGAACAAUAAAAUAUGUUUUCUCACGUUAAAGUGCUGCUACCUUGUUACCAUUUUACUCAAGUGUUUUUCAUGUUGCUGGAUGUGGAAACCACUUAAGUGAAACAGCAGGAUACAAAAACAGAAUUUAGUCAAAUAGUUUAAACAUAACCAAUGAUGCAACUUGGACAAUUACAAACACUGGCAGACUUUGACACCACCGUGCCAUGAAACACACAUGUUGAGUUCAUGUUUUAGCGGCAUUGUAGAAUAUACACAUAUAUAGUGUUAAUGAUUUGUAAUUGGUUACUAUCUCUGCAUAGAUUUGAUUCAUUUAGAAUGAGUGCAUCAGUAGAGAAACAACUGCACAAGACAGCAGGCAUUUAAUCAUGUUAUCCUUUUGAACAAUUGAUUUGAACAUGUUGCUUUUGUGCCCUGAAAUAUUAUAUUUGUUCACAUUAAACUUAAUUAUCUGAAGUAGUGGACAUUAUUUAAAUUUGUGUAAUGAAGCAUUGGUAGACUGGUAGCUCUCUGUCAAGUACAGUUCCUGAUUAGAUGCUGUUUGAAGAACAGGACAGUAAUUUUACUCACUUUACUGUAUGCAUUAAAACAUCUUUGUUCCUCAGAGAGAAUCUUCCAGGACAGUUCAAAUUCAAAGAGUACUGUCCACAGGUGUUCAGAAACCUGCGAGAGCGCUUCGGAAUCGAGGAUCAAGAUUACCAGGUGUCUCUGGCCCGCAGUCCUCCACUCAAAGAUGAGGACGGGCAGUGCGUGAGGCUACUGCUGACAUCAUACGACCGCACUUUGGUGGUAAAAGAAAUCUCCAGUGAGGAGGUGGAGGAAAUGCACAACAUCCUCUCUGAGUAUCACCAGCAUAUUGUCACCUGCCAUGGCAAUACGCUGCUCCCUCAGUUCCUGGCUAUGUACAGAGUCACUGUGGAAAGCGAGGACACCUACCUUUUAGUUAUGAGGAACAUGUUCAGCCACAGACUACAUGUACACAGGAAGUAUGACCUCAAGGGGUCCCUGGUGUCUCGUGAAGCAAGUUUUAAAGAGAAGGUGAAGGAGUUGCCCACUUACAAAGACGUAGACUUCAGGAAUAACAUGCAAAAAGUGUAUGUGAGCGAUGAGGAGAAGGAGAAGAUCAUGGACAAGCUCACCAGAGAUACCAAGUUUCUGGUGUGUAUGAGGAUCAUGGAUUACAGCCUGCUGCUGGGCAUCCAUGAUGUCAAGCGGGCUGAGAGGGAGGAGGAGGAGGAGGAGAUGGAGUCGUCCACUGAAGAGGAAGAGGAGGAUGAAAAUGUCCCAGCUCCUGCUCCGGUCUCCAUCUCACCUGAGGGUAUCAGUGGCUACAUGAACUCCUUCAAACCAAUGGGUCCCGGGGAGUUUGACCCUUAUGUGGAUGUGUACGCUAUUCAGAGCGCUGUAGGUGCACCCCACAGGGAGGUGUAUUUUAUGGGUCUGAUUGACGUGCUGACACAGUACGACACCAAGAAGAAAGCUGCUCACGCUGCCAAGGCUGUCAAACACGGGGCAGGAGCAGAAAUCUCAACAGUUCAUCCAGAGCAGUACGCUAAACGUUUCCGGGAGUUCAUCACUAAGAUCUUUGCCUAGUUCAAGGAUUCAGUCCAGGCUACCUUCAUCAUUUAAUACAAGAGGAGUCUCACUAUACAAUACUUACAGUAUGUCAUCUCAAAUCAACAUCAAGAAGCACUGAAAAUGUACUGUUAGUUUCUAAAUGAUCUAUGUGGUGUUUGAGCAUUUAUCCUCCAUAUCAUUCUGUACUGCAAGGUGGACUGUGCAUUUCUUUUGAAUGACGAACUGGAAUUUGCAGGCAAAGGAGGAAAAGUCUUCUUGGCGACUUGUUGUUAAUGGGUUUUCUUUUGUUUUCACUUAAAGUUUUGGCAACACUGCUUUGACUUUGUGUGGCAGCCAGAUAUGCAGGAUUGCCAAAAAGAAAUCAUAUGAGGUGAUGUAAGUAAACACCUCUGUCAUAAAUGCAUUAUUUCUUGUGGCCAGUGGGGGGGUGGAGACACAUUAAUUGUCGUUGUGUUCAGCUUUCCCUCAAUGGAAGUCUCACUCACCGCUGCUGGGGAGAAAUAUUUAUGUUUUGCUGUCAAAUUUUUGACGCCCUCUUUUCCUGCCGAGACAAAACUCAGACAAGAAAAUAAGUUGGGCAAAUCUACAGGGUUUCAAUUAGGAACAAUACAAUGUUCAUCUCCUUUUCAGCACCAGUGUGUGAUCUUAUAUGAAAUGUUGCCAAAUACAGAUUUGAAAGAAAUAACACAAACAUAACAGUCUGAAUGUGUACCGGCUGUUAAAUACUGCCUAAAAACUGAUAUCUCCAUUUUUAGGCGUAUUUUAGAGUGAAUAUUGAAUAUUUAAAAAAAUCUAGCAUGUAAUUAUUACGUAAGUAUGUAAAGCCACUAGAAAUGUUGUGUAUCACUGAAUGUAUUAUCAAUUCUGAUAUUUUGAUUAUGUGCUAUUAAAACCUGUUUUCACAAGUAGUAAACAAAUAUACCAGACUGGCAGUUUCAUUAGAGCUUGUUCUGGAAACAGAUUCACCAUUUUGUUUUCCUUAUCAGUAAAGAAAUGCACAUUUUCCAUUAUCUGUAAAUAUAUGAGUAAAAUAAGCUGCUUGUUUGUGUUUUGAAAGCCAGAAACUGAAAAGUUUUAUUUGCACAUCUCCAGUAGUGCUGCUCAGUGUUCAGUAUUUAUUGUACAAAUGUAGCAGUGCAAUGCUGUUUUAGCUUCAGGGGAUGCUACACACAAGCUUGCAUCAUCUCAAAGGAACCACACUACACAAAUUAUUAAACUGUAAGUUGAUCAAAGAGCUUUUAUGUCAAAUGUUGUAGCUUGGAUCCAGCCUGAUUUUGUAUAUUACAUGGUUUGCCUUUGAAUGAGAUUAACUAUUUAACAACAUAAUGUACCAUGUGAGUAAAGUAUCAAAGGAAUCACAAAGUUCAGAUCCGUGUAACUCUUAACAAGUAAGUGCGAGUGAAAGCAAAAUGUGAUUCAUUCAGCUCUGCUCCAACAGUACAUGUGUUCCUCUAAAAUUUAUUCUCAGUGGUAAAGCAUUAAUGUCCUUAUUUAGUGCCUCUCCCCUGUCCCAGUCCUCCUGGCACACAUUCCUGAAUCUUAUCAUGAGGAUUUCACUUUUAAUAGCUGAGUGGACAAACAAGCAGCGGAGGGACAAGAAGGUUAGAAGAAACAAGCUGUGAGAGUAACUUUAAAAUACAUCCAAAAUGCCUUUUAUUAGUUUACAUCGUUUGAAACUAGAUAAAUACGGCAGGGAUUGGAGAUAAACUGACACAGCAGCUGUGCUUUGUUGGUUUUUGGAUCUAGUCUAGACUAUUACAACGUUAACCUCUGAGUAACACAUUUGUUGAUUUUCUUUACAUUUGUUUAUUUAGAGUCAAGUUUUGUAUUUAAAAUACAUCUUCAAGAGCCAAGGACUGGCAAAAACUGUACAAGCCUGAUGUUGAUUGAUCAAUACAUGAGGGCACAGGAGAAGGAUGCAAAGGCUUGUACCCCAAAUUGGGUUUGCACCUUCCAUAAAUUCUGGCCUGAUGAGAUUCAUAAUAAAUAUAUUUUUGUGAAAUGUGAUUUAAAAUCUUCAAGAUUUCCAUCAUUCUUAGACACCAUUCAUCGAGUGUCAGGUCAGAUAUGUCAACCAUAUUCCAUAUUAACUCUUUUACUCUUCACUCUAAACCGGUCAUAUGUUUGCAAGCUAAGUUUUGUCACUUGGCACAGUUAGCUACACAACAGUUACACUUGGCAGUUAGUGGAUGUAAAUAUUCAGUAACAAUUAAUCUCUACGUAAGAACUAGUUUGUGUGGUGCAACCUGUUUUAAUUUAGUCAUGUGUAAAACUCCACUUAGUAAACACUACUAGACUACGUUUGAACUUGCAGAUGGUGCAACCGGCUCCAGGUGUACAACACUUCCAUUAUAACUAGGCUAAGUUUGAACUUAGAAACAGCUGGAGCGACCAGGUUUUGGUCUUCUGAGUUGCGUAUAUUUUUUUUUCCUUUUGGUACUUGAGUGUUACCAAAUGCCACUGAGUAGUCCUGUUUGGUAACAUAGAUAUCGCUCUAGGUAAAAAGAAAUAGAAGCUUUAUUGUGUUUUUGGGUUAACUGUUCCUUUAUGAUGUAUAGCAACCUUAUAUUUUUUGAUAUUUCAAUGUAGUUUCUGAACACCAACAUCUACAAAUCAAGCAUUCCCAUAUUGGCAUCAGUUCUUCAGUUGCCUUUUAGUUAUUAUGUUAUUGUGUUUGUUAUGUCAUGUUUGUCUCUAUAUGUGAAAAACCACUUUACUACUGUGAAUCCAUGAAACUGAAACCAUCCCAGCAAUGGUUUUAUGUUAUAAAAAUAAGUCCAUGACUUUGACCUAGAAAGAAGUAGGUCAAAGCCAGCAGGGGCCUUUAACAAGAACUGGUUUGAUCCAGAAGAUCUCACGUUCAAAUGCUAGUCGAGUGUUAAGUGAUGACCACUGGCCACCUGUCCAGAAAACAGCUCUCAGCUUAGUUUGAAACAUGAACCCUCUGCGCACCAGUAGAUGUGACUAUAGUGCAUGAUGUUCGUGUCUGCUGAAGUCUCCCUCACCCUCAUUAAUGGUUGUUUUAAAUUUUGACACACCCGGAAAUUGAACAUAUGAAAUAAGGUCUGCUAUGAGCCCAGACACAGAAAAACACACACAACUCUGAACAAAACACCACAUCUUGGGCAGUAGCCUUAGUGUAUUGAUAAUGAAUGCUCUAUGAAUCAGUGCAUGAGUAAAAAAAUACAAAUGGAGAGAGAUGCUUACAUCACAGACAUGUACACUCAGCGGAGUCUUCAGAUUAACACAAAGUACAUACAGUACUGCAGGAGGGUUGUUUUUUAUGCCUUUUUUUAAAUAUUAAAUUGGGCAACAUUCCUUUAUUUUAUGUGGAUGUUCAGCCACUUACAAAUAUAAUCACAGUCAUUCGAAGGCCCAGUUUUAUAGAUCAGAACCUUUGCCAAGUUUUUAUCUAUUAAACCAUACUUUUAAUUUCUAUUACUCACAGCAGGUAUAAUAUUAGUUAAUUGAAAGAUAAAACGCCCUGACAGUCCACCAAAACGGUAUCAUCUGGAAAACACAUGUUAGUGUUUGAAACAAUUAACUCAAACCAUCAGUUUUUUGUAUACAUUCAAUCAAAAUCAAGGCAUUUCAAUUGUUCCUUUACACUUCUAGUAUUACACUCGCCUUGAUAAUGAGCUGCUGCUGGAGUUAUAAUGCACACAUCCUGUACCGUGUUUAUGUUACACAGUGAUAUAAACAUAACAUAAAAAUCUCAGUCUUGGAUGUCAAAGAGUUAAUCAGGUGGUUAUUAAAGGAAAAACCAAACCAAGACGCUGUACAGGAAAUCUGUGAACAGCUGUGAGUAACCCUUUGAGUUUUAUACACAGAACCAACUGUACAAAUCAUACAAUAACAAUCUCGAAAAUGAAGCACUUUUAAAUUUUUUAGAAUUACAAUAUUUUAUCAAUGCAUUUCUAUACAGUUAUUUUAAUUAUCUUUAAAACAGCCUGUCUUUUUUCAGCCACUGUAAAGGUUUGUUUUUUUUUUCAACUUACACAACAUUAUUUAUGCACUGAACGACCGGCUGUGUUGAACGUAACACAGUAUAUGCACUCUGACAUUCGCUGUCAAUAAAGUUAAGUAGUGUGGAUGUGUUUAACGUUGGAAUUUCAAGCAGAUAGAAACAGACUUGAAAACAGAGACGUCCAUCUAUGAAGUCGGAAACUUAUUGCAGUUCUUUACUUCUGGGAACUAGAUGCUCAGAUAAGCUGUUUGAGGCCAAAGGCGAAUUUCCAUUCUUAUUUGAGUGGUGAAUAAAGUUGAAUAUUGACUGCUUGAUGAAUUAUGAAUUAUACCAGCUGGUAUACAGUGCAAUACAUUCCUAUUCAUCUGUAACGUCAUGUUCUUUUACCUUACCCUCUAUAUAGAAAGUGUAAUCAGGACAUUUUCUUUUGUUUUGGUUAAAUCAUUCUAGCAGACUGAAUGUGCAUGUGUGAUUACCAGUGUGUGUUUUCAUCCCUGACAAACACACACACCCUUUUAAACCUUUAGGGAGUGCAACAUCUGGCAACAUGUUCCUCAGUCCUGCUGGCCUGUGUGAGUGUGAAGGACGCCAUGACGGCAAAGCGACAAGCUCACACACACACACACACACACACACACACACACACACACACACACACACACACACACACACACACAUGCUCACACACACACACUU